AUGGCUGCGAAAACGUACGAAGCUGGAUACAGUAAAUACUAUGGCGAUCGGUUAAAGAACGUUUCAAAAAGCACAUCAGAGGAGGAGAUUAAACAAUUGUAUCGUGAUUGGGCGAGCAGUUAUGACAAGGUAAGAAAGACAUUUUAAUUGAUUUAUUUUUCGUGUAAAACCCGCAGAGAUAAAAGGCAGCUUAAGCAACGACGACGGCAACGAAAACGGCAGAAACGCUAAAGGUUUGAUAAGCAAAACAACAACUCUACCCGUGUAUCACAUUUUUUCAACUGAUUUCUUUGCCGUCAGUAAGAAUCAGUUCGUAGGGCAAGUAUGUUUUUACUUUGUAAAAGCAGCCUUUGGCUGUAACUUUUCUCCUGCAUUAGUUGAUAAUGUUAUGAUUAUUGUUAUGCACAUGCAUGUCAAUCUUAAGUUGUGGAGCACUUUUUCUCGGCCCUAGGCUGCCAAGACCAGGCAAAGGUCCUCAAGUUACAAGAAGGAUGUUCAGUGUUAUUUUUCUUAUCGGGGAACGUUUAUUGCUCUUGUCCGCCCGUACGUCCCCCCGUACACACCCUGGGGAACUUGAGGGGAGACUUUGCAAGGGAGACUGGAAGGGAGUUCUAGACACACAGCUUACCUUUGUCUUGGCGAAUGUUUUAGCCAUUUCAGAAAGAGCAAAUGCAGUUGUUUCAAUUAAAAUCUUAAAGGUUCCUAUGUUUAACUUAUAUGGACUUGAUAGUGACAUUUCGCCUGUUUACUAUUGCACAUUUACUCUGGAUGCCAGAGACUUUUCAUGUGCGGUUUCCGGUUUCUGUCGAGUCUACGUAGUGACCCGAGCAAAAAGCCUGUGACGCCGAGGGUAUCACAUAUUUAAAUGAAAUAUUCGAAUAAAUAUAGUGAAAACAGACGAUGUACGCGUACUAUCCAUUUUACUGUUACUAUCCUAGUUUUUGCACUGUAUUUCUCGGAGAGGUUUCGCAAUUAUAAUUGACAAGCGCGUUUAAGACUGUAAAUGUUUCUUUCAUUUUUCGUUGAUACUGUACUGAAGUUUUAAGCUACUUCUAAUUCGAGCAUCUCUUGCCUCUAAUUCAUCACAUCACCUGCUUGGUCGAGUGCAUGCCGUAUUGUGACGGAAAACCUCGGAAGACACUUGAUACUUGCAAUUUCUUAACCGCCUCGCGAGACAAAACUUUCGUCUCUCGGGACGAGUCUUUCGUUCCUCGAUUUCGCGAGAUGGUGGUAACUUACUUUUCAGAUUUACACAGUNUCGAAUAAAUAUAGUGAAAACAGACGAUGUACGCGUACUAUCCAUUUUACUGUUACUAUCCUAGUUUUUGCACUGUAUUUCUCGGAGAGGUUUCGCAAUUAUAAUUGACAAGCGCGUUUAAGACUGUAAAUGUUUCUUUCAUUUUUCGUUGAUACUGUACUGAAGUUUUAAGCUACUUCUAAUUCGAGCAUCUCUUGCCUCUAAUUCAUCACAUCACCUGCUUGGUCGAGUGCAUGCCGUAUUGUGACGGAAAACCUCGGAAGACACUUGAUACUUGCAAUUUCUUAACCGCCUCGCGAGACAAAACUUUCGUCUCUCGGGACGAGUCUUUCGUUCCUCGAUUUCGCGAGAUGGUGGUAACUUACUUUUCAGAUUUACACAGUACUAGGGGAAGGAGCGGCUGUAGACGGCUGCAACUACAGCGUAAGCAAAUGUUGAAACGAUUGUCCACUGUAAGAAUGAAUUGACUUAAAAGGAAGGCGGUAACCGGCACUCUCAAGGUAGCUGUUGUAAAUUUAAAGAUGGUAAAAAACAUAAAACUGUGCAUGAGGUGCUCUUUCCUGAAAGUUCGUUUGUUACAUUUUUUUUUUUUAGCCUCAAAGGUAUGGGCACAGCCUCCAGCCAUUUGUCAUUGUAUGUACAUGUAUGUAGCCACCUUCAGUCAAGAAUAUGGUUGAAGGAAUUUUAUAUUUCACACUUUUGAUCAAAUAUCUUCUUUUCUUCUUCUCCAAGCGUUACAAUUAUAAUGAUGAUGAUGAUUGUUAUUAUUAGUUAUAAUUAUUUUUACUUUCAUUAUCUUUGCUAUUAUCAUUAUUAUGCAUUGAUUGAAAGCUGCGGUUGAUUGACAAUUUCAGCAAGUCCUGUCAACGCGCUGUGUUGUGUACCGAGCAAUGUGCCAGUAUUUAGAUGACUCAAUCAAACAAGAUUGCGAAGACAAAACAAAGAAUGAGUGGAAAAUCAUUGAAGUCGGUGCAGGUACGGGACUGUUAGGUCUGGAACUUCAUGAGCUUGGCUACAAUGUACUGGACGCGUUGGAUAUUUCAGCUGAAAUGUUAAACGAAGCAAAAAAGAAAAAACGUCUACAAAAAGUUCAUCUGCGUCUCGUUGAGUGA